AAAAACGCUUCAACGUGUCAAAACAUUACAUUUCCACUCUCACAUUCAGACGCACCAAUCCUCUGUUUUGGAUUUUGAAGAGAAAAUGGCAAGCAGCGACGUGAAGCUGAUCGGUGCAUGGGCGAGUCCCUUUGUGAUGAGGCCGAGGAUUGCUCUAAACCUCAAGUCUGUCCCCUACGAGUUCCUCCAAGAGACGUUUGGGUCUAAGAGCGAGUUGCUUCUUAAAUCAAACCCGGUUCACAAGAAGAUCCCGGUUCUGCUUCAUGCUGAUAAACCGGUGAGUGAGUCCAACAUCAUCGUUGAGUAUAUCGAUGACACUUGGAGCUCAUCUGGACCGUCCAUUCUCCCUUCCGAUCCUUACGAUCGGGCCAUGGCUCGGUUCUGGGCUGCUUACAUCGACGAAAAGUGGUUUGUCGCUCUAAGAGGUUUCCUAAAAGCCGGAGGAGAAGAAGAGAAGAAAGCUGUGAUAGCUCAACUAGAAGAAGGGAAUGCGUUUCUGGAGAAGGCGUUCAUUGAUUGCAGCAAAGGAAAACCGUUCUUCAACGGUGACAACAUCGGUUACCUCGACAUUGCUCUCGGGUGCUUCUUGGCUUGGUUGAGAGUCACCGAGUUAGCAGUCAGCUAUAAAAUUCUUGAUGAGGCCAAGACACCUUCUUUGUCCAAAUGGGCUGAGAAUUUCUGUAAUGAUCCCGCUGUAAAACCUGUCAUGCCCGAGACUGCAAAGCUUGCUGAAUUCGCAAAGAAGAUCUUUCCUAAGCCGCAGGCCUAAGUUGUUGGUGGACUAGGUUUUGUAUUUGUGGGUUGGGUUCUUGCAAGAAUAAAUUAAGAGUGUUAUUGUUUUUAGAUGGCUUUAUCUUUGUGUGUGAGUUUUAAUCAGGCGUACGUUAAACGUUACGUAUGUAUCAGGUUUGGUGAAUGAUUUUAUUUAGGUUAUGUUGAUUGAGAAGUAUUUUUUUUUAAUUAUUGUAUAUAUCUAACUCGCUAAUUCCUAGAAGAAUCAACAAUCACGUGAAUUGGUCCUAUUGCCAGGAUUUAAUCGUUUCAUUGUUGGCCACACUUCAAUUUCUCACCACUCGUUUACAAGGCUGUACCACGUGUCGAAAUUUAAUUCGUAUAUCUUCAUUAUCCGUUACCUAAACCCUCUAAUGGAAACCUACCCU